UUAGACUGAGUUAAUUAUUUUGCAUUUCUGCAUUUAUCCCAGAGAAGAAGGAUUGACGCGUGAACCUAUUGUGAAUUUAUUGGUAGCCUUGACAACAGCCAGGUAUUCAUAUCCAGCCAUUCCUCCUUUAGCUGCACCUACAUACGUUUUAACACGUAGACGCAGAGCGACGCCAAUUCAAAAAUAGACUGUCCACAGUUCUACUAGUCUGUCCUUCCCUGCCGUACGAGUUGGUCCAAAUUUCAGUGGCUCUCGACUGCUCUCGUCGUCAAUCGUUUAUUGGUCAUCAUCACAGUCAAGGAGUAAUCAAGCCAUAAAUUAUCGAUAUUUGUGAUCUAAAAUUGAAACAGCUCUCACACUUUAUUUGAAUGUUCUCAACCGUAUCUCUACUUAACGUUUAACUUGUUUUAUUUAAUCAUUGUUGAUUCAAGAUGUGCGUCUGUUUUAAUUGUCAUUUCAUUUUGAUAACUGCGUCUUACAAUUAAGAUAGUCAUUGUCCUCGGUGAGAUUUAGAUAAAAAAGAAACGUAGGUUACUCCACGCUGUAACCAAUCCGUUUCAAAUGAUUUUGAAGAAUUGUUCAUUACUGUCCUUACUAACAGAAGGAUGAAAAUCAUCAGAUAUAUCUUCUCCGUGUAUCUUUUAUGGAAAUAGUUUCUUAUAUUUUUUUUUUACGAAAGAAUUCACUCUUGGCUUCGUUUUAAACGACAUCGUAUUUACAUUAUCUGGAACUUCAUGAGUAAUCAGUUGGCUGGUUGGAAUUUUUCAUCUGAUUUAAUUGCGACUAAGAGAUCCUCUUACACCUACGAAAUUAUUGCACCACACGUACCUUAAAAAUCUGUGGGUUUGACCUAGUGUGUUAGUUACUGUGUCAGUGACAUAGAAAGGCGGUGUAUCAUUCUGAGAGUUCGUGAGCUUAAAAGAGCAUCGUAUCGGGGUGCAAGAAUAUAACGUAACAAUCAGCUUGUGUGGUGUCACUUGGAUUCGACGUUACGGAACUGUUAAUAAUAAUUUUAUCGAUCAAACUGUAAUACGCAAAGUGCGUUGAAAAAAAAUAUCCCAAACGAACUGUUGGCGUUGUGACAGUGUAUGGAUGUCGAGAGCGCGAGGCGAUACACAAAAACGGAAGAUGUCUCCAGUGUAUCAUCCUUUUCACAGAAGAGAUGCGUCGCGUGGUUUAGGGAGUACACAACGCCGGAUGAUCCAGACACACUUGGACCUGAGGGAAUGGAGAAAUUUUGCGAGGAUAUUGGCGUAGAGCCAGAAAAUGUGGUGAUGCUCGUUCUCGCGUACAAAAUGAAUGCCCGUCAAAUGGGCUUUUUUACACUGAACGAAUGGCUGAAGGGUCUCUCUGAGCUUCAAUGCGAUUCCAUCACAAAAGUACAACAAAAGCUCGAAUACCUAAGAAACCUGUUAAACGACCCACAUACGUUCAAGGGGAUCUACAGAUACGCUUAUGACUUUGCUAGAGAUAAAGAUCAACGCAGUAUGGACAUGGAAACGGCGCGAGUGAUGCUACAGUUAUUGUUAGGAAAGCAUUGGCCGCUGUUCGCGCAGUUUGCACAGUUCCUAGACCAGUCGAAGUACAAAGUGAUCAAUAAAGAUCAGUGGUGCAACAUUUUGGAGUUUUCGCGCACGAUCAAUCACGAUCUGUCCAAUUACGACUUAGACGGAGCAUGGCCGGUAAUGCUCGACGAAUUCGUUGAGUGGCUGAAAGUGCAACGAGGUGAAGGAUCGUCCUCGGCAGAAGCACGGGGUAGCUGAAACAACCGAUCAAAACUAAACUCACUUUAUUAAGAAGUUCUCCCCCUCUCUUCCUCCUGUUAUCUAUCGCCUAUCCAAUAAUCCAAACCUAAUCCUUAUUAUCCUUGAACAUCGUCAAUCUUUUUUGUUCUUCGAUCUCUUCUCUAUGCCUACACGUCCCCUCGAAAUACAUUAAUCUGUUAAUUAAUUAAAUUACUUUUGAUUCAGAACUUCAAUUUACGCCGUUUUAGUUAUCGUUAGUUUUAAUAGUGUUAUAUCCUUUUGUUCUCUCUCUCUCUCUCUUCCCGAGACGACGUAGCUUACCGGACGUUGCUUGUCCUAGUUAAUUUUACCGUGUGUUCUGCAAUUGACUGUGCUUAGAGAGACUUCGACGGGUAUAAAUAGAGGCCGAACCUUUUCUCAUUAUUAUAUGUAAUUGUCAUUUUUGGCAUUUGUCGGUAUACCAAGAAGCGACGAGCUAUUAAGAGGGAUCGUUAAUUUAUUUCUUGCGAUUAAUCAUGGACAAUGCUACAUGAGUCGAUACAACAGACAACUUUGGUAUUGCAGUUGUUACGGGAUGGAUGAGUAUCGUGCGACACGUAAGGAUGUCCUUAUACUUUGUUUUUACUUCUGCUCUCGCCCUGUUUUUUGAAUUUUGCGAGAAAUACAAAAAAAAAGACUGCCUUUAUUCAGAGCUUCAAGUAUAUUUUUGCUUAUGCAAGUUUAUCUCCUAUAUCCGCACGAUAAUACUUAGAUCCAUUUCGGAGAAUCAUAUUGAUUCGAUGAUUCUAAUAGAGACCUACAAUGAUGCAUGCAGUCAUCUCUAAUCUUCUGGAGGAAGAUUUUUUAUCUUCCAUCCUUAAGUUUUUUAUUUCUCAUUCAUUUAUCGAAUUGUCAUUGUCGACUUCUCUUGAGAUGAUGCUGGUGACACUUGAUCGUCUCUUAAUUAAUACCCACGUCUCUUUGCUUCUCGCGAUUACAAAGUAAACAAAUUCUAUGCACAGUCAUGUAUAAGAUUUGCUGGUGAUAAUCGAAGAAUGUAAAUCAAUUUAAUUAUUCGUUUUACGUAAAACAUAAUAGACCAGUGGGCCUCGUGCAAGCGAGCUUUGCAAGCUCGCAAUUUUGCUAAUCAGCAAUUGUUGUUUUAAUAUUGGCUGAAACUCUUUAAGGAUCAAUAGAAGAGGCCCGGACAAAAGAAAAUUGUGGUUUCGUACUAGUUCAAUUAAAUAAAUUAAUUUCUUUGUUUCAA